CAAAAUGCAUUCUCAAACGGUACCUAAUCUACUAAAAUUUCUGUGAAAGGUCUCGCAUCAAAAUGAGGUCCACACUGACACGAAAGCUUUCAUAAAAAUUUUGAUUGAUUAUUGAGGAUCCCGAGCAUAACUCGUCCAGUAAACGUCCACAUCACACGUGAGGUGACACUUUCCUCUCUAUUCCCACCAACUACCUAAUUUAAUCACUACUCAUCCAUGAAAAAAUAAAGAAAUUGAUUAAAAAACUAUCCAUAGCCAUCACCGUCCCAGACACCUCCUCUUCACCACCACACAAAAGAAUGAAUUCCCACAUCCUUUCAUGGCUUCCAAUCCUCCUUUCAUUCAUAAUACUCUCCUUGUUCCUUCAAUUUCCGCUAUCUUCGAGUAUUAACCCCGACCAAUCUCUGUACCGGGACUGUGGUAGUACUUUCAAUUGUGGCUCCAUCACCGGACUGGAUUAUCCUUUCCGCGGAGAAGAUGAACCAGAAUACUGUGGUUAUCCGGGUUUUGUUCUCAAUUGUCAAAACAAUAUUGCCACCUUUUACAUCAACCACCUUAAAUUCCGGGUUUUGAGUAUCGAUCAAGCUGCCCAAACUAUGAGGAUUGCCAGAGAGGAUGUGAUUGAAGCAACCUGCCCACAGGAUUUAGUUAACACCACCCUGGAUGAUACGCCAUUCGAAUACGUUUCCAGUGGUUACAGAAACCUUAGUUUUCUCUAUGGUUGCCCGGCUCCAGUUGGACUAAUUCUGGGUAUAAUCAAGUUAGUUACCUGUAACAUUUCUGGGUAUAACAGUGUGUAUUUAUUGCCUGAAACUCCGAUCCCUCUUGGCUGUGACGUUAGCGUCACCGUUCCGGUUGAUGAUUGGGUGGGGUCUUUAAUUCCACAGGAGUGGGAACAAGCUAUCCAGGGAGGGUUUAAGGUUAGAUGGAAGGUGGAUAGCAGAGUAUGCAUGGACUGUUCCGGGUCCCAGGGACGGUGUGGAUAUAAUCUUGCUACCAAACAAAGCACUUGCUACUGCCCCGACCCGCCUUACGUGUCGGAUACCUGCUCCACGACUGCCGGAGCCGGACUGAGGUCUACGCCGACCCUGGGGAGCAAUUCUUCAAAACCAUCGUCAACAAACACAGCCCUUAUCAUAAUAUCUGCUGUCCUAGCUGGUAUUGGCCUAGGAUGGGGUAUCUUUGCAUGUACACAACGGAAAAAACGCAUUGCUGCUCAAUCUUCCAUAUCUGCUGCUGCUAAAAGCAAAGAUAUUCCAUCUCCUACUCUAAGCAAAGGCCUCAUUACUCCUUCAGCUAGUUUCUCCCAUAGCAUUCCAUCUUAUCCCUUCCCAAGCAUUGAGUUUGGAAAGGCAAGCACCUACUUCGGAGCUCAGGUCUUCAGCUACACUGAACUUGAAGAAGCCACCAACAAUUUCGACCCUUCUAGAGAACUUGGAGAUGGAGGCUUUGGCACCGUGUACUAUGGGAAGCUACAAGAUGGUCGAGUAGUUGCAGUGAAGCGCCUUUAUGAGAACAAUUUCAAACGUGUGGAGCAAUUCAUGAAUGAAGUAGAGAUCCUUACUCGUUUAAGACAUGAGAACCUUGUAGCACUGUACGGAUGCACAUCAAAACGAAGCCGAGAACUCCUCCUUGUUUAUGAAUACAUCCCCAAUGGAACAGUGGGCGAUCAUCUUCAUGGAAAACGAGCAAAUUCUGGUUUACUUUCUUGGCCUGUCCGAUUGAGCAUUGCCACAGAGACAGCUGUUGCUCUUGCCUACCUCCAUGCAUCAGAUAUCAUACAUCGCGAUGUGAAAACCAACAACAUCCUCCUAGACAACAAUUUCCGGGUAAAAGUGGCUGAUUUUGGGCUGUCUCGAUUGUUUCCCAACAAUGUCACCCAUGUGUCCACUGCCCCACAAGGUACACCGGGCUAUGUUGAUCCUGAAUACUACCAGUGCUACCAACUUACUGAGAAGAGUGACGUUUAUAGCUUUGGGGUGGUCUUGAUUGAGCUCAUCUCAUCAAAACAAGCCGUUGACACAAAUAGGAGCAGGCAGGAUAUUAAUUUGUCUAAUAUGGCUAUGAAAAAAAUUCAAAAUCGUGCAUUGCAUGAGUUGGUUGAUCCAUCUCUUGGGUUUGAAACAAACAGUUCGGUGAGGAGGAUGACCACAUUGGUGGCGGAGCUAGCUUUUCAAUGCUUGCAAACAGAUAGGGAAAUGAGGCCUUCCAUGCAAGAAGUACUGGAGGCUUUGAGAAAAAUUCGGAAUGAAGAUUUGAAUGUACAAAAAGCAGAGGUAGUAGACAUUUUGAAAGGGAAUUUUCCACUGAUGUCGCCUGAUUUGGAGGCAGCUGAGAAAUGGGCUAGCAACUCUACUACACCUAGUUCCAGUGGUUGAGUUUUCCUUUUCAUGUCACUGAGUGGGUUACAUUUCGCUUUCUUUUCAUCUGUGUGCUUCUUUUUUUCUUUUGUUUGUAGAAGAUAUAGAUGUGAGACUUUAUCUAUCAAAUGAUGCAAGUUUAAAAGGAAUGUACAUAGUAAAUGAAAGCUGUCCACAACCAAAUAGUGUUCAUA